ACACGCCCACAGUGGUGAUGGUGGUGCUGGCGGCGGUGUUGUGUUGUGUUGUCAUACUGUUCAGUCGUGCCACACACCAAUACACGUCCACACACAGUGAUAUAUACUAAAAGAAACACUCAUGUAUACCCAAACACUCGUAUACACACUCAAACACACCCAAAACCAGCCUAGAUACACCCAAACAUACACACAAGUGACGAGUGUUGAGAUCCGCCAAGGGUGAAUCAAACAGAGCAAGGCAAGGCAUAAUUAUCACCUUCACCACAACCCUCCACGGAGUCUUACGUUCAUUUAUUAAGCCCCCACACGAGGCCCCCGCCAUGGCAGACACCCUCUCCAGUAACUUCUGCUCCCUGUGUGGCUUUGCAUUCGACAGGUUUUCCUCGGAGAAGCAAAAUAUGAGGACAUCUUUAGCCUCCCCCGUGGUCGAGGAGUCUGGACUGCUGGAACGCCUGAACAUCACCGUCACACCACUGCGGAAGGAGCUGCUCUUCAUCUGCUACUCCUGCUGCACUGUCUUCACCAACUACACAGAGGCAAAGACAAAUUUCCACUACCGCGAACAAGAGGCCCUUAAACUCCUCACUGAGCCUAUUACAGAAGGAAAGGAACAGCAGGGGCAGCUUCCCUUUGUCCCCUACCUGAAGAGAAAGUACAUGUCCAGGCCCCCUUCCUCCCCUUCCUCCCCUGCCUCGCCCAGCCCCGCCAAGGUCCCUAAGCUGGUGGAUAAUGGAGUGUUGGGUGGUAAUGGCAAGGUGAAGGAGGAAGGGAUAGGCAAGGAUGGGUUAGGUGAUGAUCUGGAGUGUAGUGAGGGGGUCCGGCGGCGAGCGGUGGAGCUCCUGGAGAAGGGGUGCUACAGUUCCUCCCUGUCUGAGCUGUGGGGCGCCAGCAGGGAGUUCAGGGACGGCUGCCUCUCCUUUCUCUCCCUCCUCAUCAUGAAGGAGACAUCAGACAUCCUGCAACAAGACACACUGUUCACUCGCACCCUGAACAGCACGGCCUUCCAGGAGGUGUCUUGGGGUCACACUAUGAAGGUCCUGUCCUCUGCUGCCCCUGCCACCCUCUGCCUCCUUCUGGCUCUCCUUGGUGUGGAUGCAAACAAUGAAUCGAAGGAGGCAGUGGAGGCGCAGCACAGCAUGGUGGGGUGUCUGCUCUCCAUGGCCCUGUACAAGAGAUUCAGGAGGCGUGCUAACUUCCUCCCAGCCUUGCACUCUCUUUACCUCCACACCACACACACGCCUGCCAGGGUGAAGAGGACUCUGCACCAGCUUGGCCUGACUGUCCCAUCUUUCAGGCUGACAGCUCUCUUGAAGGGCUUAGAGGCUCCCUCCGGUGACCUCGCCAACACCUGGAAGAGAGAACUGGAGCGAACCCUUCAGGUGAUAACCAGGAGGCCCAAGAAUGACGAGGGUACCAAGAAACUGCCAACUGAGAGGAGGAAGCUGGGCAUUCUUCCUAAGCCUGUUGCUGUCACAUCCUACAGUUUAAGCUGGGGAAGUGUGGAGUGCCAAGGAUCCCAAACAGUAGGCAGUCCACGUCCUUCACUCUCGCAAGCCUAUGCAGUGAGGAGCAGAGUGCCUUACAUGAUGACUUACAGAGAUGAGGCAGUGAGGCAGGCUGACAACAUUCCAUUUGAAGAAUUUGUACCAGACUCAGAGGAUUUCAUUAGAGUGAGGAACCAGAUGAAGAAGGAAGUGGAGAAGGUGUUAAUCACGCAUCUGGGUCUCUUCGCUGGUCUCUCUGUCACCGAGGAACACCAGUACUCACAUUAUUUGGAUCAGAAGAGUGUAAUGGUGGACCUUGGCACUGUGUUCAAGAGCCCGGGUGACAGUGGCAGUGUGGCGACCCUCAUGAAGAACCUUAAGAAGUACAUGGUGCACGACGAGGGUGAGCCGCUGUCCCUGUGUCUGUUUGGUGAGCGGGAAGGUGUGGAGCUCAUGGUGAAGGCCAAGGAUAUCAUGUCCUGCUUCUCAGACAAGUUGGAUCGCCUGGAUGGGAUGGAGCCUUGCGUUGCUGAUCAUGGACGUCAGGCGCUGCUGGCUAAGGACAUCAUAUCAAUAUUCUUCCCGGCUGGACUGCAAGACAAGAACUGCUUCCUGCGUCACCUCAACAUAGACAAGGCUUUGAUAGAGAGCUGUGAGGCACUGGACUUCCCUUCCCUCCAGACACUCCUGCAGGCGAUGGCACAGAGCUACACGCUGGCCCUGGCUGGGAGGAAGAUGACCAACUUGAUACUGGAGGAGGAGAAACUUAGUAAUGAGGAGAAGGUCAACAUUCUGGAGCAGCUAAGUGAGGAGAUUGUGUCCGAUGUCUGGCCUCAAGUCAACACAGAUUCCCUGGACACUGUGAGGCAGGGGAAUAAGGUGGUGCGGGAUAGAGAAUGUUCAUUUGGGGACUGCGUAAACUUCCGGGAGAAGGCGAGGCUGCCGUGCUCAGAGCGAUGUGCACGGCCCUUCUACUUCUGCUGCCAAAAGCCCCUCAACGAUGGCCUGGUGGAGUGUGCCAGGCGGGAGAACUGUCCCCGUGGCGCCUGGUUUCACAUCAACAAGAAGUGCUCCGGCUUGGUGGAGGCUCCUGAGGAUGAUUGGUUGUGUGGUUCCUGCUCAGCGCUGAGGAGAGUGGAAGGUCUGGGCGGAAGGACUGAUGGGCUGUGGGAGUACCAUCGAGGGUUCUUGUGGUACUGCCUCUUCUUCCUGGCAGGGCAGACGGCUGAGCGGUGCGGCAACGGGUGGCUACUGCAUGCUAUCUGGAAAGUGUCCAUGCCAAUCUUUGAGACACAAGGCCACACUGACUACCUGAAUCUUGGUUACUCCUUCCUGUCAGGGGUGGCAGGACGCAUCUCCCGCCUGGCCGCACAUGACAGUCUGCACAACCGCACUGUCAACCUGACUGGCACUCACAACGACAACAUGAGCUGGGACAAGACCGUGCAGUACAUCAGCAGGGAGACUAGAGGCAAAACACUACAGAGACGGAACACCAAGGAACCAGGCAGUCCCAGGAGAGCAGAGGCAUACAGACUGCACUCUCUCACCACAGCUUGGGAAUCUUUACACCAGAUGAAGGAGAACCAAGCCUCCACUUCCCUGCCAUUCAUUCAGAGUUACGCACUGCAUCUGGAAGCCUUGGGGGUCCUGCAGAAGGUCCCCGGCAGACAGAGAGUGGAUGAUGUGGAGUAUACACAUGUGAUUAGGGUCCGCAAGCCAGGGGUGAUGGUGACGACUUUAAGGGAACUGUGUGCUAAGGAUGUGACCCGGCAGAUGAAUGAACAGGAGACAGAGGUGGAGUAAUGAGAGGGAAAGGUGUGGAUAGGAGUGAGGGAUGGAGGUAAAAGGGUUUGUGGAGACUAAUGUGUUGUGGAGAUGAAUGAACAAGAGACAGAGGUGGAGUAAUUAGAGGGAAAGGUGUGGAUAGACGUGACAGAUGAAGGUAAUUGGUGUUUAGAGAGGGAAGUGAGCGAGUUUUGGAGAUAAAUGAGCAGGAGAGUGAGGUGGAGAGAAUGAUGGAAUAGUGACGGAGAGAUGAGGAAAAGGAAGGAUAAGAUUUCAAGGAGUGAGGAAUGGAGAUAAUUGAUGUUUAGAGAGAGAUAAAUGUGCUUUAGAGAUAAAUGAACAGAAAGUGAGAUGAAGUAGGGAGAGAACAAGAUGGAAUAGUGGAGGAGAGGUGAGAAGAAAGUGUAAGUGAAGGAUGGCAUUACAAAGAGAUAUUAAUGGAGAUAAUUGGUGCUUAGAGAAAGAUUAAUGUGUUUUGGAGAUGAAUAGGGAGAGAAUAAGAUGGAAUACUGACAAAGAGGUGAGGAUGGGAAGAGAAAGUGUGUAUAGAGUGAGAUUAGUGUAUUUUGUAGUGAAGGAGGGGUUGUAGAGGGAUACUGAAAGGUAGAGGGACAAUAGGAAUUAAUGUUUUGAAGUGAAAUAAUGGAGAUAGAC